CGACAAACUAAGAUAACUUGUUGCACCGCCCACUUCCUCUUGGCUCAAACGUGGGUGAGUGAGCGAAUUCAGAUUUCGAAUAACGUUUACUUGGGACCUACCUAGCAAAUUAGUUAGUUAGCAAAAACGAGUCGGACACUAACGUUAACUUUCUCGGUGGUGAUUCUACAGCUGCAUCAUGCAGCCGGCUAGAGCACAAAAAGGAUUUUCUAACAAAAGCCAGCUGUUUGAUUCUCUGAAGGUGUAUCUGAACAACAAGAACCGACUACAACCCAUUAUUGGCCUGGGCAGUAUUAUAGAAUGUGUGAAGGCGGGUACACACAACAGAGAAGUAUUGUACCUGUGUGAGGUCUGUGUGUGUCGCCUUAGUAAAGCCGACAUGCGGAACCACAUCAUGGGAAGUCUCCACAGAUACAGCUACAUUAAAGCCUGGCACCCCCACUUAAUGUCUGAAUGGAAGGAGAUGUCUGACCUGUCUAAUCUGGCCUGGCCGCUGAUGGAGAUGGCCAAGGCACUUGAGGAAAAAGAAGGACCUGGAGAUGUCCAGUGGUUAGAGUUUGAAGACGCUUUAUUCCAGAAGAUGGCAACACACAGUGAGAAUGACGCAGUAACUCUGAUAACUAUCUUAAGAGAUGGGCAGGGCCAGGGUAACCCUGAGACCACAUCUGUGCAGCAGGAGCACCAUCCCAUCCAAUCGCAGAGGAUUGUACUGGUUUCCAAUAACCAACAAAGACCGUCCAAGAAAUCCCUUGAGACCUCAGCAGAGACAAACAGAACUAUAGCUUUUAUCAAAUCGGAAGACUUGUUAAAGAACCCAUCUCCUGAACCCUCUGUGCUAUCGAAGAACAGCAACAGCUUUCUCGAUGGCUACACAGGAACCAAGCCUCUUAUUGGUCUUUUCCGUGUAGUUGAAUGUAGAAGUGACGAUGGCCGCACACACUGCUUCCUAUGUCACUGCUGCCGCAUCAGAUCCAACGAAAAGGACAUCAUUGAUCACCUAACCACGUCUUCCCAUCUCAUAAACUACUUGAUGGAAGCUUAUCCUGAGCAGGUGGAGGUAAUAAUGGCAGAUAUUAAUAAAAACUAUCAGCUUCUCCAAUCAUUGGCCAAGAAAGUGGAGCAAGAAGAGGGCAGAGGAGAGCCAAAGGUGAUAAAUGCACGAGAAUCCUUCUGUAACCUAAUGACUGGCAAAAGUUACCACUGGUGUAUAAAGAUGCUGUGUAAUGGAGGGACACAUACUAACACCCAAAAGCAGAAAAUAGCUGUCAAAGGGCUAAGUGUAAACAAUAUUUCGAAUCGAGCCAGGACAGAGAAAUGUACCGUGUUGCCGUCACAGUUUGCAAAAAGGAUGGCCGCAAAGAGGAAAAUGAAGCAAGUGGAUAAUACUGUGUUCAAGGUAAGCCUGCCUUUAACCAAAGGUUCAAUGCUGCUGGAGAGGACCUCUUUCAGUAUGGACAGCCUCCCUGGGUCAUCUGCAUGCUCCCCUUCAUCCGACUCAGAUCUCAUUCCCUCGCCAGAAUCUCAGUCAGAGGACUGUGAGUUGGACUAUGAUGCUGGAUCGUUUGCAAGUAACCACACUGAACACACCUCACAACUUCAGCAAGACCUCUGUAGGGGAGACGCUGGUCAAUACAAGGGACCGGAAAGAUAUGUCCCAGUUGCUCAGUAUCAAGAGGUGGCCGGUUCUUUCAAUGACAACGAAUACUUAUACUACAACCAGUCAGAAGACAUAACUGGAACAAAAUACCAAAAGGUCUAUGGGGACGAUAAUUACAAGAGACAACCCAGUUCUCAAGAAAGAUCAAGUAAGAGGUUUUACAAACAAUGGCAAAAUGAAGGCCCUCAGACACAAAACGAGUGGCUGUCACCGGCUGUGUCCCACACUCAAGACUGGCCAGCUUAUAAAUCUUCCUACAGAUGUGAGGCAGGUUGCACUGAGCAGUGGUACAAUUCAACUUCACAGAGUAAAGUUGGCACAAGAAUAUCAAGAGAAGAGCGACAGAACGAGAUGAGCAUGGAUGCUACUCAACAUUGUUACCAACAACAACCACAAAAUCAGUACAUGGAAUGUCUUCAGACAGGAAGUGUGGGACAGCAUGGUUUUUCUGAUGAAUGUGCUGCGCAGUCAGAUGCUGCUAGGAUCGGCAUGCAUCCUUACUUAGGAGAUCCCCUUGCUCACAGUAGCAGCACAGCACCAGAGUCUAGAGUAUGGUUUCCUGAGAUUGAACACAGACCAUUGCAAACAUACAUGGAGUUCGCCAUUGGUCCCGUCCAUGCAGUUCAACAAAGUUAUAUGACACAAUCUAAGGCCUAUCAAGCCACCCUGCCAGAGCAUGGGGUGAUGUCUUACCCAAACCACAAUAUUGGACCUAGGACAAACUCUGACCAGUGCUUUCAUCAUCCAUUCAGCGUGGGUGAGGGUAUGUCCCAGUCAAAAUGCCUUCAUCCCACCUUAGCAAGCUCUGUGUUAUAGAUCCCAUUCUGACUUUGAUUUCAGAGCUGCUGGUUUGUCGGAUUUACCGAUUUUAGGUAGUUCAGCUGGAACAACUCCAUUUAUGUUUGCAUAUCCAAAUUUGAAUUCUGGAUGUUUUGCCACACCUCACUGAGACCACAUUUUCCUAAUGGUUUGGUGUCCCCAUUUAAUGAAAUCUCACUCAGAUGGUCCAUCCUGGGUUCUUCACGUGCCAUGGCAUUUUUGAUGUUCUUUUAAAAUAAAUGCAUCUGGUCUUUGCCAUGAAUGGGAAUCUCCUAAUGGAGGAAUGUUUUGCCUGUAGUGAUAUAACUUUCAUAGCCACUGAGUUCAGUAUUCAGCUUUUAUAUGACAAAAUAUUUCUAUAUGAAACUGACAGUAAUAUGGCUUUUUUUUUCACUCUAAUCAAAUGAUUGUGGACCAUUAAACAAAAAGAAAAGCCUAAAUUGUGACAUAUUUCCUUGUAUGGGCCUGGCCAUGAAUGUAUUAUAAGUAAAAGUGUCUUGGUUGCAUCUGCUUAAAAAGCUGGUGCUUUAAAAAAAAAAGCCAGUGCUUUUUGAUUUAGAAGUAGGCUAUUUAUAAUAGACUUUUGUUAUCUCAGAAUUGUAAAAGUGACCCAAGAAUAUUAGGGAUAAUGAGCUUGAUUAAUUGGACAAGCAUUUAUUAUUCAUAUAUAUUUCUUGGGUUUACAUGUAUCCUAAACAAGUAAGGGUGAAAUACAUGCUCAGUAAUAUAAAUCAUCAAAUAUAUAAACUGCAUAAUAGCCAGCAGUUUUUUUUCUUAUAAAUGUAUUGUUUAAUAGCAACAAUUGAGAAAUUGCAAAGUUUUCAAAUCACACUGAGGCUGUGGUUUGUAGUUGUCACUAAAUAUGUUGAACCUCAAAUACUAAUAACCUGUAUUUGCUUUUACUUUUGGAACAUUAUGUUAAUGUGACUGCACAUGUUGUGUACAAGCUGCUUCUGAAUGUGUGAUGGCCUACUUUAGGUUUGUGCUUGAAUGUAUUUUCUUAACUUUUUUUUUUUGGGGAUUACCUCUUUUUGCUUACUUUGUGUACCACUGAAGAUAGUAUAUUUAUGGUGUAUAAUGGAACUAAUAUUGACACUAGGUUGCUAUAAAUGAAAUUUGGAAAAUGAGCAAGUGAUACAUUGUUCACCUGUUGAUAAUGUUAGACUAGGUAACAUUAUUAUAUAUUGUAUGUUUUAAGGUCAAGUUUAACAAUGCAAAUGCACAAUGCUGUGAUGCCUAAUACAUUUGUAAACGUCUUAGCUUCUUCAUUUAGGAGGUUUAAUCAUCACUGUUGUGUUCUACUUACAUAAAACUGUUGAUUAGUAAUGCUCAUUACACUUGAACAGAAGGGAAUUAAAGGAUGGAUAAGGA